UACUACGGCCACACUGGUUGCGUCAAGUUACCCAGCGAUAGACUGCGACAGCUCAAAAAGUGAAUGAUUCUGCCUUCAAAAUAAAAGGGUCUUCUUUAAGACGAACGUGCGCCACCGUUAAGCUGAAACUGCCAAGCGGAAAUGCAAUGUAUACUGUGUUUUGACGCUCCGGCGUGCAACCUAAGAACUGUGGCUCUGUAUUUUUAAACGCUAAAUGAGAACGACUCCAGGAAAGCAGUGUUUUAACGCGUGACACGAGUGUGAAUCGCUCAGCUUUUCACUUGGAAACAAGAUGUUUGGCUUCCACAAGCCGAAGAUGUACCGCAGUAUAGACGGCUGCUGCAUCUGCAGAGCCAAGUCUUCCAGCUCCCGCUUUACUGACAGCAAACGCUACGAGACCAACUUCAAGAGCUGCUUUGGACUUGGAGAGGUGCGUUGUGGGGACAUCUGUAAUGCCUGUGUUCUCCUGAUCAAGAGAUGGAAAAAACUUCCAGCUGGAUCCAAGAAGAACUGGAAUCACGUGGUUGAUGCGAAAGCUGGAUCGAGCGUGAAGUCCACAUUGAAGACCAAGAGGAUGAAGAAGAAGCUAAGACCAAGUCAGAUUAGUCGAGUUCAGAACGAGCUGAAAAGAAGCAACUCAGAUGCCCACAGCACUACCUCCAGUGCCUCGCCUGCACAGUCGCCCAGUUACAGCAACCAAUCAGACGAGGGUUCGGACACAGAGCUUUCGCCUGGCACCUCACUACCCCCAGCCUUCUCCUUCCUGGACCUGACAUACUGGAAAAGACAGAAGGUGUGCUGCGGCAUUGUGUACAAGGGACGCUAUGGAGAAGUGCUCAUCGACCCCCAUCUGUACAAGCCCUGCUGUCAAAGGAAACCCCAACUGCACCAGCCACAGGAAGAAGGUGGUCUGCUGGAGGAGGAGGCAGCAGGAGAGAAUGCAGUGAGCAUGUUACCACCCCCAAGACCUAAAGAAGAAGAGGUGGAGGAGGAUGGUGAUUGCAGCACAGGGUUGGUAUAGUUUUCACUGAUAGACUGACAAACAGUACGACACUGAUGACUGAUAACAGUCAACCAAACUCGACACAGUCCAUACCAAGCGUCACUGCAGUUCUUCAAUGUUUUCCAAGUUGCUGCUAUCCUGUCAGACAUUUUUCUUAUCCCCUGGACUGCAUCUUCAGACUGGUCCUGUUUUCAGUGUCUUGGCUUGCUAUGAGAUUCUGUUACUGUAAAUACUUUAUUUUGCUCUCUGUUUGAAAUGCUGGAUUUAUGAUUGCUGCAUGGAAACCUGGAGACCUCUGAGAUUCACCCUUUAUUCUUCGGAUAGAGCUGUACAUUGGAGUUUCCUCUUUCGUCUUCUUGAUGUCAAAAGUUUCAUGGUUUAUUACAAACCAUAUGUGUGGCUUUAUGUGAAGAUGAGUAUACAUGUCCAGCUUGUUGUGAUGGGAUUUGGCAGUGUUUCAGAGCUAGCCAGAUGCUAGUGGUUAGCUGCUACAUUCUGUGGCUGGAGAGCCAAUAUGUUUGCACAAGUCAGCCUCUUUAACCCAUGUGACUUACCAGUAUAUAGGGCUGCCACUUCCUUUAGAAAGUUGAACAAUAAUUCAAAUGCAACCCCUGAAUUCUAAAACUAGACUACGUGGCAGGAUUAACUUCACAUUCAUCUGUGGUGUCUCCACUGUUUUCUUAACUCUGACCCCCCUUUUUUUGCUCCAGUCACUGUGGGUUAUUUUUUACUCACUGCAAUAUAAAGUCCUGCAUCUCUAUGGAAAUAGCACAACCACAAAUAAAGUAGACAAGUCAAAAAAAUGUCUUUUUGCAGUAUACAGUUAGAAUGCCCUACACCUAAAAAAUUUGAAGUUGAUAUUCUUUAUUUAUUUUACAAAAAUUGAAUAAACCUGGAAUCAACAUGUCCAACAUUUUUACAAGUGCCCAUAAGUGUUACCAAUACUGGAAAAUAAUGUGGCACUACAUACUAUAGAUAUUUAACUACUUACAUUUUAAAUUUGUCUCCAUACUUAUCUCCUGUUCCUCUCUGCUCUGUGUAAACACAGCCUGCAGUUCAUCCCAAUAGUCCCUGAAUUUUUGUUAAGCAAUAUUUGGUCAUAGCUGAAUCAGUCAUGGUUUCACUGAGGAGUGCAGAAUUUUGUUUUUUACAGAAUCUAUUUUGGCCAGAUGUAAAGUGAAACAUGUAGAAUAAAGUGAUUUUGAUAAAAUAUCACAAUUUUAACUGCAAAUUUCCUGAGAAUGGAAUCCAAUUCCAAUCCAUUUUUGUUUUUACAAACUCUGGCUCUGAUUUAUAGUGUAAUUUUUGGCAGUUGUUUUAAAGAUAGCAUACUUUUUGCACCUGCCAGCUAGUUUUGGGGUUCAGAGGGUUAAGUGAUGAGCUAACAUAACUUUAAGAUUUUGUUUUACAGUUUUACUUUUUGACCGUGAUUAUGAUAAAUCCCAAGGCUUCCCUUCUUUUUCUCUCUGAUGGUUGAAUGACAGUUAGUUUUCAGAAUGGCUCACUUGCUUUCUCCAUUUUGCAAAGAUAACCUUAGCCUUGGUUACUGAUGGGACAAACAGUAGGUCAGAUGUACACAGCUUUUUUUCUUAUUUACAACUAGAUUUUUGAAUUUGAACACAUCACUACUGGCCAAAUGUUUCAUGUUUUCCAGCUGUAAUUAAAAUUUCUUAUUACAAGUUACAGACCUACUGAACAGUUUACUCCAGAGGCAUACUAAAUUAGAACCACCAAAGGGAGCAACAAAGCACAGCUAAUGAGAUAGUUUCAUGCAUUAUAGACUCAGAGCCUCCACUUUCUGACCUCCACACAAAAGCUCCACCUGUUGCAAAGAAAAUUUACUCAGGAUUUUAUCAUGAGAUCAAAUGAGAUGUGACAUUAGAUUGAAAAACAACACGCAUGCAGAUUCCACAGUUGGUCCAUCUAAAUAGAACAAUAGACUAUUGCAGCUAUACCAAAACAUAAGGAGUUUCCUUGUUGUUCAUAGUAUUUGUGUCUCUGAAGUCUGUAAAUAAUGAAAGAUUCAACACAUCCUUUUGAAUUAUUGCAAAAGAGAAUAUGGAUUUAUGGUGCACAUACUGUAUAUAGAAAGCACAAAGAAAUGUUCAGGGAGGCUUCAGUCCAAACACAGCUGCCAUUUCAAACUGUCAAAGUAACCAUUAUGAGCUAAACAAACCCUCAGGAAGGUUAUGGCAGCAACACACAAUGGAAGCGUCUCCUGCACUCUUGUUGCAGCAGCUUUUCCCGUCAUGUCAGACGGGGCUCAGUAGCAAUUUCUAUUUCUGUGAUGAUAUCACAUAUGACUGAUAGUUGAGUUAGAGGCCUUUCGAUGAAGCGAGUUCUCGAAUUGCGGUUGUAUGCAGAACUUGUUUUACACAAAGCCGAGAGUAUUUUGCAUGUGCUAUAUUUUUGUUUUGUUAAAUUUGCCUUUUUGAUGCAAUAUUGUACAGCCUGAAUAUAUAUUUUUGUAUAUAAACGAAAACAAGCAUCUGUCCAGUCAGAGAUUGGAUGCCACCUGCAUUAAUCACCUUUCAGUGGAGUUUUGAUUACAACUACAGAAUGAAAAUGUCAGGUAGAUCUAUGGUUACUGCUGUCUCCAAUCAGAUUUCAGGGAUUGUGGACACUAUUUGUAUUUCUUUGAACUUGUGAAAAGUUUUUUUUUUUCUUCCCCACAAUGAUUUUAUUUGAAAUGGCCGUAUCAAAGCUUCACUUGGAGUAAAUUUGAAAUAAGGAAGCAUUUGGUAUGGCCAGCAUAUUUUUUCUUUUUAAGUGUUGUUUCAUAUGUUGGGUAGUUUUUGUCUGAAAAAAAGUAUUUAUUAACUUAAAUUUAAAGUAUUUUCACUACAAUAAAAUUAAUUGCUUUUUUGUGGACAUGAAUACAGUUCAAGAUGUCUGCACGAUGCUACCAUAGGGACCAAACAGUUGAUGAUUGUAUUAUUUUAAACUCUUUGUUUUUGAAACAUUGUAUUUACUAGUUGUAAUUUAGAGAUGUCUUUGUACUCCUGAUAUUUUGGGUAGAAAUGCCUCAUGGAUGUUAGGAUUUACAUUAGCAUGUGAUGGAGGUCUGCACUUAAGAGAUAUUUUAGCAGUGUGUCACAAAGAAAUGCACAACUGUUCAAUAAGGAACGUUUGUAUUUUUAUACACACUUGUAAUUUCUACAUGUUUAUUAAAUGUCGUUUGUCAUGUUUA